CUCAAGCAAAAAGCCAAAACAUUCUAAUUAAUUAGUCAAUUUCAACUCUUUAAUUUGCCUCUCAUUCCAAUGAAAAAAAUUUAAUUUACAAAUACCCAGAAUUUUGUUUGUUUGUUCUUCCACCAACAAAUUAAUGACACAGAAAUAACAAGUUGUACUGUAAUAGUAGCAAAAGAAAUAGAAAACCUUCAAGUUCUUUACUCCCAGCCAGGUCACUUCAUGUAAAGAUAGCGCACAUGCUUUCCUCACCAGUCUCCAGUUUAAGUAGUUAAAGAAGCUUUGAUUCUGAUGUAAAAGCCUUAAGUACUGCCACAACUUCAUGACUAUACAAAAGCCCGUUCUUUCUCUCCCUCAUAGAGAGCUACGCCAUGAGAUUUGAGUAAGAGCUACAUUUUCGUUCUUUUUCUAUUUUUUUUAUCAACAAAAAUGGGACAAGAAAAAAGCUACUUUUAUAGUUGGUCACCGGUUGGAGCUCCAUUGAAUGUACGAAGGGAGGAGGACCACUGGAGACACGCUGACAACUCUGUCAAUGCGGUGUCUUUUGGCUUUGUUGCAACUGCCAUUCUCAUCUUCAUGUUCUUAGUCAUGGCCAUCAUUGAACGCUUUCUUAAACCCAACACUUCCCCUGGCCCUGGAGGUGGCCGUAACCAUGCUGACCUUCAACCUCAGCUUAGUUUCAAUGGCAAGCCCAGCCAUCCAUCACCAAAAAUGGCGAUAUACACCAGUGGAGUUUCAGUGUUAAUGCCUGGGGAUGUUAUUCCUACUUUCAUUGCAAUUUGCACACCCUGCCCGCAUCAACACCACUCAUCAGUCAAUCCCAACUCAGACUCCUCUGUAAACAUUAAUGCAAGUUAGAGGAGAAAAGAGCAAUCUAACCGCAUGUGCUGCAUCAAACAAUGAUUAUGGUUACUCUACAGCACUGGGUUUUUUAUGAACAAGCAAUGACUAGAUCAGAGUUUCCCUUUUUCUUUUUUGUUUUUGGGUCAGAAGAUCGUUUAUAAUGUGUAUAUAGAGAUAGUUUUAGGUACGCUGGCUGGUUAUGGCAACAUUUAAGUUGCCUUUCUGUCAAUUUCCACCAUUUCCAUCAAAUGGAUCAUUUUUGCAUGUAAAAAGUUUAGGUGUGUUAUAGUCUUUUUAAACUUCCAGCUCCACAACAUGUUGUUGCGCAGAACUUUGCUGGUGCUGAAAAAACAAGAUGUGAUGAAGGAUGAUUCAUUUGGGACAAGAAUCUGGCAAAAGAUUUUCACUUA